GCAGGAGAGCCCGGGGCUUCGGCCGCCAGAGCAGGCCUCUCCCCUCCGUCCUCGUCGUCCUCCUCGUCCUCGUCCUCCUCCUCCUCCGUGGUGGUAGUGGUGGGAUUCCCCCCGGCUGCUGCCGCCCCCUCCGCCGCCGCCCCGGCCCCCCAGCGGAGUAGCGGCCCCAGCCUGGUCAGCGGCGGCAUCAUGCAGGCCAACGGGGCAGGAGGAGGAGGAGGAGGAGGCGGCGGGGUCCAGACCCCGGAACUCGCCUGCCUGUCAGCCCAGAACGGGGAGUCGUCGCCCUCGUCGGCGUCUUCCGCGGGGGACAUGGCCCACGCCAACGGGCUGCCACCGGCCGCCCCCUCCGCCGCCAGCAACAAUAGCAACAGCCUGAAUGUCAAUAACGGGGUCCCCGGCGGGGCGGCAGCAGCCUCGGCCACCAUCGCCGCCACCACGGCCGCCCCCGCCUCCCUGGCCACCCCGGAGCUGGGCAGCAGCCUCAAGAAGAAGAAGCGGCUCUCGCAGUCCGACGAGGACGUGAUUAGGCUAAUAGGACAGCACUUGAAUGGCUUAGGGCUCAACCAGACUGUUGAUCUCCUCAUGCAAGAAUCAGGAUGUCGUUUAGAACAUCCUUCUGCUACCAAAUUCCGAAAUCAUGUCAUGGAAGGAGACUGGGAUAAGGCAGAAAAUGACCUGAAUGAACUAAAGCCUUUAGUGCAUUCUCCUCAUGCUAUUGUGGUAAGAGGCGCACUUGAAAUCUCUCAAACGUUGUUGGGAAUAAUUGUGAGGAUGAAGUUUUUGCUGCUGCAGCAGAAGUACCUAGAAUACCUGGAGGAUGGCAAGGUCCUGGAGGCACUUCAAGUUUUGCGCUGUGAAUUGACACCACUGAAAUACAAUACAGAGCGCAUUCACGUUCUUAGUGGGUACCUUAUGUGUAGCCAUGCAGAAGACCUGCGUGCAAAGGCAGAAUGGGAAGGCAAAGGGACAGCUUCUCGGUCCAAACUGUUGGACAAACUGCAAACCUACUUACCACCAUCAGUGAUGCUUCCCCCACGGCGUUUACAGACUCUCCUGCGGCAGGCUGUGGAGUUACAAAGGGAUCGGUGCCUAUAUCACAAUACCAAACUUGAUAAUAAUCUAGAUUCUGUGUCUCUGCUUAUAGAUCAUGUUUGUAGUAGGAGGCAGUUCCCAUGUUAUACACAGCAGAUACUUACGGAGCACUGUAAUGAAGUGUGGUUUUGUAAAUUCUCUAAUGAUGGCACUAAACUAGCAACAGGAUCAAAAGAUACAACAGUUAUCAUAUGGCAAGUUGAUCCGGAUACUCAUCUGCUUAAACUGCUUAAAACCUUAGAAGGACAUGCCUAUGGUGUUUCUUAUAUUGCAUGGAGUCCAGAUGACAACUAUCUUGUUGCUUGUGGUCCUGAUGACUGCUCUGAGCUUUGGCUUUGGAAUGUACAAACGGGAGAGCUAAGGACAAAAAUGAGCCAGUCUCAUGAAGACAGUUUAACAAGUGUAGCUUGGAAUCCAGAUGGGAAACGUUUUGUAACUGGCGGUCAGCGUGGGCAGUUCUAUCAGUGUGAUCUAGAUGGUAAUCUUCUUGACUCCUGGGAAGGGGUGAGAGUGCAAUGCCUUUGGUGCUUGAGCGACGGGAAGACUGUUCUGGCAUCAGACACACACCAGCGGAUCCGGGGCUAUAACUUCGAGGACCUUACAGAUAGGAACAUAGUACAAGAAGAUCAUCCUAUUAUGUCUUUUACUAUUUCAAAAAAUGGCCGAUUAGCUUUGUUAAAUGUAGCAACUCAGGGAGUUCAUUUAUGGGACUUACAAGACAGAGUUUUAGUAAGAAAAUAUCAAGGUGUCACACAAGGGUUUUACACAAUUCAUUCAUGUUUUGGAGGCCACAAUGAAGACUUCAUCGCUAGUGGCAGUGAAGAUCAUAAGGUUUACAUCUGGCACAAACGCAGUGAGCUGCCCAUCGCCGAGCUGACGGGUCACACGCGUACAGUCAACUGUGUGAGCUGGAACCCACAGAUCCCAUCCAUGAUGGCCAGCGCCUCCGAUGACGGCACUGUUAGGAUAUGGGGGCCAGCGCCCUUUAUAGACCACCAGAAUAUUGAAGAGGAGUGCAGCAGCAUGGAUAGUUGA